UGCUUUUUUAGCCUCCAAUAUUCACAUUGCACAUGUACAUUCAUCCAACAGCCUCUCAUAUUAGUACUAACAAAGCCUGAUGGGUUGUGUUUGCAUGAAGCAGAGACAUGAACGUGAACACCUAACCGUUCUUGCUGCUCAAACCUAUUUUAAAGUGCUUGAGAUAGAAACUUUGUACGAGUUGUUCAAGAAGUUAAGCAGUUCCAUAGUUGAUGAUGGGCUUAUCAGUAAAGAAGAAUUUCAGCUUGGAUUGUUCAGGAACAGCAAAACACAAAGUCUCUUUGCGGACAGGAUCUUCGACAUGUGUGAUUCAAAGCACGACGGAGUCAUAGAAUUCGGAGAGUUUGUUAAGUGUCUAAGUGUCUUCCACCCUGAAGCACCAACAGCAGAAAAAGUGUCAUUUGCGUUUCACUUGUAUGAUAUAUGGCAAACGGGCUUCAUUGAACGUGACGAGGUCAAAGAAAUGCUUAUGGCUCUUCUCAUAGAAUCGGACUUGAUCUUAUCUGAUGACAUUGUUGAAGCCAUUCUUGAUAAGACAUUUGAGGAAGCAGAUUUAAAUGGAGAUGGAAAGAUUGAUCUGGAAGAAUGGAAUAAACUCGUGGAUCGAAACCCAUCCUUAUUGAAGAACAUGACUAUCCCGUACCUAAGGGACAUCACAAGUUCAUUUCCAAGUUUUGUGCAGAAAUCAGACAUUGAAUAUGACACAAACAACUGAUUCAGCUGAAGGCCUGAAACAACCCAUGAGUGAAUGUGUUAUUUUUUGUUUAAAAACCCUACUUAAUAGAACUCCUUAAUCAGAAAAUUGGAAUAAAAUCCAUUUGAAAAGCCUUCUAUGCUAAAUUGAUCGUACAAUCGUUCAUACAAAAUGAAGAAACCAAAACGAAGAUACGGUGAAAUAAAUGUCCCAAUGAGAACCACGUCGAUCCCUCCCUAAGUAGUUUGGUACCAAACGUUCCGAUCCAAUUUGUGCUCUACAUAGACAAUCCUCCACACAAGCAGAUUAUGUGUUCUACUUUUGCUCGAUCAGCGUGUGUAUAUGUUGAUGGGGUCAUGGGGUGCAAACUGCAAUAUUGCGUCACUUAAACUAUUCGUUGAUGGUCGGAUCUAAAUCUUCAAAGGGAUCCAGUAUGUUCUGUAUUAUUAUAUGAGCGUAAAAUAUCAAAGGGAUACAUGUAACUUUCACAAAAAAACUAGUUCCGA